AGGCCGUGAGUUUGGUGUCAAAUAUCAAUCGGGUCCUGUUUCAGAGUAGUUUCUUCAAAAGACUCUUACAUUUUUGUCGAAAUUCACUCGUCUCUCACACGCAAUUUCAACUUCUUACACGAUCGAGCGGCGAUGAUACUGGAUAGAACUACUUUAUCUCGGGCUCUGGCAUAUUUCUGAGGUUCGGACGGUAUAUUUCAACGAUAAAUCCGCAGUCACACUGCAGCAUACAUAAAAAGCAUACAUACAAUAUUUUAUUGCUGGUUUUGGUGGUAAAUUUGCAUUUUUAACGGCCGUGGCCAGACGUGCUCCCGCUUCUUUAACACACACGUCUCUCAAUGACUUCCGAUCAUCAAGUGUUUCUUUGACUCGUAUAUCCACAUGUAAAAACAAACCGAUACUGAAAUAUCAACAACUAAAACCGAAAUGUAUACUAAAUACAUACUAUGUACCACAUAAGACCGCCAUUGCCGUUGUCGUUGCCGUUGACAUUGUCAUUGCUGUAUCUGUAUUCAAUCUCACUGACCAACUACCGCAAAGCGCAAUUGCAAAUGCAAACUGCAAACUGAAAAAAAAAAACUGCACACACCUCAACCUCAACCUCAACCUCUACUCAACUCAACUCAACCCAAAGCUCAAGCUGACUAGCCAACUUAUAUAUGUAAACGAAUAGUCCUCGUACUGCCUACGAAAACAAAACCAAAACCAAAACCAAUCGAAAAAUCAACCAACAACCAAUCUAUCAACCGUCUACUGCAACUGGCGACAGAACGGCUUUAGUUUGCUGCGUUAAUAUAGCAAAAACAAGAGUGGUACAAGUACAAGUCGAAAAACAGUAAGAACAAGAGCUGCCACAGCAGCAGCAGCAGCAACAACAACAACAACAACAACAGAAGCAGAUUCAGACGCGGCGCAGCGCAUACAAGUACAAGUAAGUGGGGAAUAGGUCAGGUCGACUCGGACUCGGACUCGGACUCCAUCGAAGGCGUCGCACAACAGGAGGAGGGAACUAUCUUUCGAGGAGCCAGAAGCUCUGAGAGCAGCGCAGCGUCAUGCUCAACUCCAAUGCCAAUGGUGGCAACGGGAACAACAAUAACAAUAACAACAACAACAAUAACAAUCAUGGGGGCAGCAGUCGGCGGCCCUUCUCCCGCAACUCCUCGUCGGCACGGUCGCAUCGCGGCGGUGGCCGCAUUCUCUACUCGCCGCAUCCACAUCUCCAUCCGCACCCCCAGCAACAGUCGCAGCAGCAGCUUCAGCAGCUGCAACAGCAGCGGUCAACUGGCAACAGCCUAAUGCCGGGUCACAGUCCCUGGUGCAAUGUCAAUGUGAUGGGGCGUGGCAAUGAAUCCGGCGGAAACAACAACAACAACAACAACAACAGCAACAACAAUGCCAACAAUAACAAAGAUGCAAUCGACGGCCGAAACCCAAAUUGCGAUGUACAAACAAGUAAUUCUAGCGGAACUUGUAUUUAUAACAAUAGCAAAGCGCAUCAUCAUCACCACCACAGCGUCCACAGUCAAGGUCACACAACCACCACUCAUCACCAGCACCCUCAAUCUCAGUCUCAGUCCCAGCCCCAGCCCCACCCACCUCCGCAUCCGCAUCCGCAUAAUAACUCUGCCCCACCUCAGUAUAACAGCUACCGCCCCCCAUUAAACGCGUACUCAACAUACUCACCAAACGGAAGUAGCAAUACUAACCAAAUCAUCAGCUCGAGAGGCACACAAGAGAACCACCACAGCAGUCGAAGCCACCAUCAACCGAUUCCUGAUCUCAAUCUAAAUCCGAAUAACUAUAGCAACUACUUUGACAUUUGCCACAGUAGCGGGGCACAAACCCACACAUACGGCUCCAUGUCCGUGUCCGUGGUCCGACUGAAUCCCGCCCGCUUGUGUCUGACAGUUGGUCCCGCAUCGGACCCUUCGCCCCCGCCACCCAGUCAACGCCACUCACCUCUCGUAGUGUCCUUUGCCGCCAGUCCUACAAGUCCCCAUCCACAUCCACGUCCCAACGAUCAUGGCAACCAUGGCCAUAGCAGCCUUAAUCAUUUCGUCCCCAUUCGUAGUCAGAACCAGAAUCAGAAUCCUCCUCAUACCCAUCCACACCCCCAUCCACAUCCACAUCCACAUCAAUAUCAUCAGCAAAGCCCACAUCAGAGCCACCACAAUCCACACCACAAUCAGCCACAACCACAGCAACAGACUAAUCGCCAAUCCCUCCCGCUAACACGAACGAAUUCGAAUUCAAAUUCAACAAACGCAACAACUUUCAAUUCAACCAAUCCACAAACAACAAAUAGUAAUCCUACUGAUGUUGUGAAUGUAAAUUCUUGUACCGAUAUAAUUCCUUAUGGGUCGUCCUCGUCGUCAAUGCUGCCUCAACAACAACAUCAAAUUAAUAUUGCAUCCGCACCCACCAAUAGCCACAACCAAGGACAGGGCUCCUCCUCGGGACCCAGUCACAGUCACCACCAGCGCGGCUACAACAAUCGCGGCGGCAAUGGCAACGGAAUCAACAUCAACAGUAACAGUAAUAACGGUAUUGGUAACAGCAACGGAAACGGAAACGGCAACGGCAACGGUAGCGCUAACGGUAAUGUGAACGGACCACCCGAUUACAUGAACUAUCGUCGAGGCGGAGGCGUGUGUCCAGCACUGUCGAGGGACAAUGGACACAACCACAACCGUCGCCACAUGCCCGAUAAUCAUCUGAACAAUGCAUCCGCAUCCAUGAACAGUCACAACAAUCCCGGCCACCACCAGCGCAACUACAAUGACAGGAAUCUGAAUAAUAAUAAUAACCACUUUGGCAAUCAGGAUCAAGGUGGUCCCGACCAUCGAGCCGAUGGAUCCUCGUAUAACUUUAUGCGCAAUGGCGGCGGACCAGGCAGUGGCUAUGGUCGAAACGGAUCCCAUUAUCAGCAUAUGGGGAAUGGCUACGGAAACAACAACAACAAUAACGGUGCAUCUACAUCAACAGGUGGUCCGGGUCUAAUGGGUGAAAUGCCUUCUGGCUCUGGGCUAUCGGGCUCAACGCUGUCGCUCAACAACGGACCCGUGGGCCUCAACUCGGACAGUCCCUCGCGCAAGCGUCGCCGGAUCUCGGGUCGACCGCAGGGCGGGGCACAGCCCCCGCACCGAUGCCUUCUUGCUCAGAUGCAGCAGGGAAGUCCUCCACUUCGUCGCCCGCGGCUGCGGGAUGUGGCCACCUCCACGGGCCAGCAGCAAUACGCCCAGCAGAUCCACCAGACGCAGCAGCAACCGCCUAGCUACCACCAGCUGCACCACCACCAGCAUCAGCCGCAGCACUAUUCGGCCCAGCAGCAGCAGCCGACGCAUUCGCAGCGCUCCCCUUGGGAGCUGGGAGGCAAUGGAGCGAUGCCGGGCGGCAAUGCAGGCGGCGGAGGACCUUCGAGCAGCUCGGUUGGGACUAUACUGCAGCAGGUGCAGGCACCGCCACAGCCGCCCAGCCACCAGCAGACGGUGGGCUAUGCGCCGCCGCCGCCGUCCGCCUCGUUGAUGGUCGACCUCAAUCUAAACCAGGUGCCUGUUAGUCUGGCCUUGCGCCAGGAGCCCUUCUGGGCCUCCUUCUGCACCUACCCGAUGCCAGCACAGGCACGACUGGCCCCAUGCCACCUCCACGGUGUAUACACGCAGCCGUUCCCCGCGGCCCCACCCGGCCUGGCCGCCGCCGCGCCCAUGCAGGUGACCCAGGUGCCGACGCCCACGCAGAUGGCCGCCGCUGCGGCUGCUGCCCAGCACAUGCUGGCCCAGGCCACGCUCACGGCUCAGCAGCAGCAGCGAGAUGUAGCCGCCAUUGCCGUUGCCAACUUGACUCCCAUUGACCCGCCAGGUGCCCACCACAUGGACGGGCACCAUGCAGCAGGCGCCGGACCAGCCCCAGGACCGCAUGCCCACCCCCACGCCCACGCCCACGGCCAUCCCCAUCCACACCAGCUGCCGCCCGGAAUUCACAUCACACCUAUUAGCGGGGCUGCAGCGGCGGCAGCCACUCACCACUUACAUUCCACGGCGGCGGCGGCCGCUGCCGCUGGGCAACUGUCGCAGAUGUCGGCUGGACCGCAGCAUGUCAUCAUCUCAUCGGAGCGUCGUACAUUCCCGCCCCAUCGGCGCAUACCGCGCUUCUGGCCCGCCAACCAUGGACACCGGCAUGUUCUGCCGCCGCAAUCACUGGCCGCCCAUCAGGCGCCCGUGCAAAUCCAGACAACGGCCGGCAUCAUCAAUCCGGGCUUCUUGCUUAACUUCCUGGCCAUGUUCCCGCUGUCGCCAUACAACCAACACGAUCUGAGCUCCGGGGACACCAACGAGACGGAGAACUACGAGGCGCUGCUCAGUCUGGCCGAGCGCCUGGGCGAGGCCAAGCCACGCGGUCUCACCCGCAACGAGAUCGAUCAGCUGCCCAGCUACAAAUACAACCCGGAAGUGCACAAUGGUGAUCAAACAUCUUGUGUGGUCUGCAUGUGCGACUUCGAGCUGAAGCAGCUCCUGCGUGUCCUGCCCUGCUCCCACGAGUUCCAUGCCAAGUGUGUGGACAAAUGGUUAAGGUCCAAUCGCACUUGCCCCAUUUGCCGUGGCAACGCCUCGGAUUACUUUGACGGCGCUGAUCAGCAGCAGCAGCAGCAGCAGCAGCAGACUCAGGCCACUGCCAAUGGAGGAUCGUCGAUAGGCAGCACUCCUGCUGGCAGCAAUCCCGGUUCGGCAACAGCCGCUACAGCCAAUCCUCAGCAGAGCCAAGCAGCUUAGGGCCUUGUCCAAGGGCCUGGUGUUCCAAUGCCAAUGCCAAUAUCCAUACCCAUACCCAUACCCUUACGCAUAUGCAUACGCAUGCCCAUACCCGUAAUCGUAUUCCAAAUGCAUUCGCCAUCAGCCCCUGCUGCGGCUCCUACUCCGGCUUUGGCUCUCCAACGCGGCGAGGAAUGGACGGGGAGGAGUGGGAGUGGGAGUGGGUGGAGGAGCCACACACCCGCCUUUAAUUGAUGUAACGCGCAACGAAACCAACUGCCAAACAAACUGUCGCUUCCCUCAGCUCUUUCAGUCACGUCUCCCGUUCUAUGCCUCGCCCACGCGCCACCUCUUCAAUAGCUUCUCGUAGACGUUAGUUUGUAUGUGAGUAAUGGUAAACCCAAUUAUGAAUAAAGCCCAUAUGCAUACCACCAAGAUUUCAACUAUUUAAGUAUCUAAUAUAGUAUAGGGGUGUGUGUGUAGGCAAAGAGCAGGCUAAAUGUACUAGGGUAUCUGCACAAACACAAUGUAUCUGUAUCUGGAAAAAUGUAAUUCAAUAGAUAUUUCUUUUCCCUUUAAGACUUGAGAGAUCAGCAAAUGCUACUGUUUUCCACUUUAAUUCAUUAUAACUGCUAAAUCACAACACAAACUUAAAUAUAUUCAUAAAGAUAUACUAUACUUAAUGAGGAGUGGUUUCUCAAUGUCCAUCAAGUGCGACGAAAUAUUUUGAACUCCGGUGAUUAACAGCACCGGAGCUUUAUAGGACAUUGGAAGGCCUGAACCUAAAUCGUAAAUGGUGUAUCUUGAAUUGUUGCUGUCCACACACAUACAUAUUGAUAACUCUCUACAUAUAUACAAUAUACAUAAAUAUUUACGUAAAAUGGAAUAUAUAUAUUUGUAUUUGUAACUUGGAUUUAUGUUUUUUGCUUUCGAGUCUGGCUUGCAUAUUUGCUGCUUCCUCUCCAUACACUACCUUAUGUAUGUAUGUAUGUAUAAUUAUAGUUAUCGUUUUUUAGUUUUUAUCAAAAUAUUUACCCUUACCUUACAUACGAGUACAUACAAAAAAGCAUAUACAAUAUAUAGUGCAUUGCAUUUUAUACUUAUUGUACGAACUGAACCCACUGAAGAAGUUCUUCUUCUUGCACUAAGCAAAAAAAAAAACAAACAAACAAAAACAAAAAUGGAAAAUAUCCUUACAAAAAUACAUAUACAUAUAUAUAUUUUUGUUUAUACUGUUUGAGAAUAUAAGUAACUAAAAAUGGAAGCAACUAACCUUGAAACAUAUAAGCAAUCUUUAAAAUCGACUAAACCAGAUGAGCGACGACGACACAAACGUUUCAGCAAAUAUACUAUACAUAUAGAUACACCAACACACAUACAUAUAUAUACACGCGCACACACGCAGCCGGAUGAAAGAAGCCGAAACAUGAAUUUAGCAGACAUAGAACCAAACAUACAUGUAUGUAUGUAUGUUGGUGGGCUUGAUAAAUGUACGAGCACUUGUAGUAGAUGUGUGCGUAACUAAAAUGCAAUUACUAAGAGAACUACACAAUUAUUGUAAUCGGUAUCCAGACUUGGACUUCUCCUACUGACCCAAACACUUCCGUAGUAAAUACUUUUGCCUUUAAACUGUAACGUCUGUAGCUCUACACCUAAACCUCCUUGAAUCAAUGUGACUUGUCUAUUAGAAAGGGAAUAUUUAAAUUAUUGCAACAGCAACGUAACGUAACCAAGCUGAGCCGAGCAUCAGAUGCAUAGGUACGAUUGUCGUAUAAUUAUAAACAACCAUUACAUAUACGAGUAUGUAUGUAUGUAGUUACUAUAUAGUAUAGAGAGUUUCCUUCUGAAAUUGAUAUACGAUUCAAGCAAACUACGCGCACUAGCCUGUUAACUGUAAACUGAAAACUGUUAACUGUUAACCGUUAACUGUUAACUGUUAACUGUAAGCCGGAGAACGAUUUGUAAACACAAAAACAAUUUUUACCAAUAUACAUGUACAAGUACGAUACAAUAAUUAUCUAUCUAUCGAUCGAUAUACACAUACAUAUAUA